AUGGCUGAGCUAAUCCAGAAGAAGCUACAGGGAGUGGAGAAAUAUCAACAGCUACAGAAGGACUUGAGUAAAUCCAUGUCAGGGAGGCAGAAACUAGAGGCACAACUAGCAGAAAAUAAUAUCGUGAAAGAGGAACUGGCCCUGCUGGAUGGAUCCAAUAUGGUCUUUAAACUUCUGGGUCCCGUGCUGGUCAAACAGGAGCUGGGGGAAGCUCGGGCCACAGUGGGGAAAAGGCUGGACUACAUCACGGCUGAGAUUAAGCGAUACGAAUCCCAGCUCCGGGACCUAGAGCGACAGUCAGAGCAACAGAGAGAGACCCUUGCUCAGCUGCAGCAGGGGUUCCAGCGGGCCCAGGCAGCAAAAGCGGGGGCUCCUGGGAAGGUCUGACCCUGUCCUGGCGGGGGUGGGGGGGAGGGGAGGAAAUGAGGCAGCUCUAGGGUC